UAGCCAAUCAGCGUUCUCAACGAGUUGAAUGCAUGUGAAUGUACACAACUCCUAUUUAYCGCUUCACAACUGAUGAUUACCACCUUUCCACUUGGUUAGGAACGCCGCAUUAUUAUAUUCGCAGAACGCCUCACUCGCUUUUGGGUUGGGUUGCCGACGUUUGUWAAUUCAACCGAUACCUUUCCUAGUGGGCAAGUACACUUCUAGAUACACAUUGUCUAAAAAUGWAAGUCUUUAAUAGAUAGGGAUAAAGAUGGAUUGAAAAUUGGAUUUAACAAUGGACGUACAGUUGGCUAUUUCUGCCGUUCUAUUAUUCAUGGUUGCACAUKUGCACAUUGUUGGGCCAAAUAACCAUGUCGAUCAGGUGGCCACYGGACUAAUCGUGAGAAAUUAUUUCAAGGGAUAGAUCGUUGUCAUUGAGAAGGGCCUUGUUACAGUACCAUUGCAACAGGUCUCCAGUAAAGACAACAUCAAUAAUUGUGGAACGGGAGAAUGUAAAAUUAGAGAGGCUCGUGCGUMUAAUAGACGGGCGACAGAAAAAAGGAAUAAACUAGAUCUGAUGUCACUGCUCUGUUGGAUUAUCGAAUACGUGAAGGAUUUAAUAUCCUCGAAUCGAAGAUAGCAGUAGCCAACGUUGCAUGCGAUACGUUGCCAAUAUGAUGCCGAUGUUCCUCACCGUGUACCUCAGCAACAAUGACCAGCAUUUCACAGAGGUGCCCAUUACCCCGGAAACCCUGUGUCGUGAUGUGGUGGAGCUGUGCAAGGAGCCGGGGGAGGGAGAAUGCUACCUAGCUGAAAUGUGGCGAGGCUCAGAGCGCGCCAUUGGCGACGGAGAGCGAAUGCUGGACGUGCUCCAGUGUUGGGGACAGCAGAGGGGGGAGGUGCGCUUCCUCCUGCGCCAUGACCGGGCACCCUGCAGAGAGUCAGGCGGAUCAAGGGUCUCCGAUCACUCCGCUAAAAGGAACAUGGUCAAGGUCCCUGUGGACCGAUGCGUGGAGAAUGGGGUGGCACCACCUUGCAUGGACAUCACCCUCUCGGAGCUGCAGGAGUUGGCGUCACGGCAACAGCAGCAGAUCAAUUUGCAGCAGCAGCUCCUGGCCUCAAAGGAACAACGUCUGCGCUACGUGAAGCUGCAGGAGCAGCAGCAGCAGGCGUCAGAGCAUGAGAGACUACGGCAGCUUCGUAAGAACGCUGAGAACCAGGAGACCAAGCUGCGGCGGGUGCGGGCCCUCAAGGGUCAAGUGGAGCAGAAACGCCUCAGCAACAGCAAACUGGUGGAGGAGAUAGAGCAGAUGAACGGGCUGUUUCAGAGUAAGCAGCGCGAGCUCCUGGUGGCCGUCUCCAGAGUGGAGGAGCUGAGCAGGCAGCUGGAGACCCUGAAAAGCGUCAAGAUGGAGCCCUCUCAUGACGGCCCGAGCUCCGCCGGCGAGCUGGAGCGUCUUUACAAGGAGCUGCAGCUGAGGAAUAAGCUGAACCAGGACCAGAGUGCCAAGCUGCAACAGCAGCGUGAGAGCCURAGCAAGCGCAACCUGGAGGUGGCCACCAUGGACAAGCGAGUGGCCGAACUCCGCGAACGCCUGUGGAAGAAGAAGGCAGCGCUACAGCAGAAGGCGAACUUGCCCGUCCCCACAAAGAGCCAGGCCCUGCAGCCAUGUGGCCCUUCCAGGGUGGCGGCCGUGGGCCCUUACAUCCUGUCCUCCACUGCGGCCCCAGGGCCUCCGGUGCCCAGCCGACAGGAGCUGCUGAUCAAGCCUACCUACCCCGACGGCACCACCACCUUACCCAUGCCAGACUCCUCCAUGAAGGCCCCUCCUAGACCGCUUAAACCCUACUCAGCUCUGACAGGUUUUCAGUCAUCCAAGACGUCUAAGCUGUCCGACUGGUCCAGCUCCAGUGCAGAGUCCAGCGGCAGUCAUCAUGGCAUGUCCUCUACWSUGCCUCGCAUGUCCAGCCUCUCCUCACAGGGCUCAGGAGAUGCCGAGACCCUCAAGGACCAAAAGGGGCGUCACAUUUCUAUGUCUGACGCCCCGGCUCCCCUCCACUCACAGAACAAUCAGAGCAGCGAGGACCUCUUGAGGGAUACCCAGGCGGGUGGUAAGGCUCUCGGCAAGGUGCCACYUCCUAUCCCUACCAAGCCCCCGACCUUCGGCAAACCGCCCUACAGCACGGGCACCUUCCCGGGCAAGGCAAAACCGUCCGCCUCCCUCCAUUUGUGUGCACCUCCGCCCAUCCCCAUCCACAGCCACACCCUGCCUCUGCCCCCCAAGCAGGAGGCUCCUCCGGCGGCCACGGUGCGCCCCUUCACCCCCGAUCCUCCAGAGUCCACAGUGGCAGUGCCUGUCCUCCAGAAGCCACAGACGGUGGCGGCCUCCUCCAUCUACUCCAUGUACACCCAACAGCCCAGGACAGGCGGGGGCACUCUGACACGCACGCAGCCCAGAGUGUAUGGAAAGCCAGUCAUCUCAGGCAGUGGGGGGCAGCAGUCGCUCCUCCAGGACUCCACCUAUUCGGGGGCUGGCGAUUUCGAGGUGGACCAGGGGGGUCCCGGCCUGGCGUCUCCGGCCCCUGAGAGCCAGUGGGGCCAGGAGACGGAGCGGGCCCCUCGUCCCCUCAGCCCCACCAAGCUACUCCCCUUCAUCUCGCACCCUCACCGGCACCCCAGCGACGCCGACCUGGAAGCCCUGCGCCGCCGACUGCACCAUGCCCCGCGACCCCUCAAGAAGCGCAGCUCCAUCACAGAGCCUGAGGGCCCCGCGGGGCCCAACAUCCAAAAGCUUCUCUACCAGAAGACCACACUGGCCGCCAUGGAGACUGUUGUGGGGUCCCCCUACGAGGGUGAAGGUGGAGGAACAUGGAAGGAGGGGGCCAGUGCCGGUGGAGCCCCAGACCACACUGGUACGUCCCAAGUUUUCACCGCUGCAGCGUCCCUCGCUGAGACCGAGGAAGACGCACAGGUGCCCCCUCGCUCGCCCAUCCCAGAGCCCUCUUCCUCCUCCAGCCACACCAUGCCCCCAUCGCUGGAGGAAGAGGAGCCGGAGCCCUGCCACCCGCCCCCCCAUCAGCCAGAAGCCUACUUGGAGGAGUACCCGCCCUACCCGCCCCCUCCAUACCCCAGCGCGGGGGAGCAGGACUUGGGGGAGGACACCCUCAACAUGAAGGCUCCGGAGGUCGCGGGACAGGUCACUCUGCCACCGGGCAAGAGGACCAACCUGCGGAAGGUCGGCUCGGAGCGCAUCGACCACGGCAUGCGGGUCAAGUUUAACCCCCUGGCCCUGCUGCUGGACUCAUCUCUGGAGGGCGAGUAUGAUCUGGUGCAGAGGGUCAUCUAUGACGUGGAUGACCCCAGCCUACCCAAUGACGAGGGCAUCACAGCCCUGCACAACGCCGUCUGCGCCGGCCACACCGAGAUCGUCAAGUUCCUGGUGCAGUUUGGCGUGAACUCCAACGCUGCCGACAGCGAUGGCUGGACUCCACUGCACUGUGCGGCCUCCUGUAACAAUGUGCAGGUGUGUAAGUUCCUGGUGGAGUCCGGGGCUGCUGUGUWCGCCACCACCUACAGUGACAUGCAGACAGCGGCAGACAAGUGCGAGGAGAUGGAGGAGGGCUACGCACAGUGCUCCCAGUUCCUCUACGGUGUACAGGAGAAGAUGGGCAUCAUGAACCGUGGGGUGGUGUACGCCCUGUGGGACUACGAGGCUGAGGACGAUGACGAGCUGGCCUUCCAGGAAGGCGACUGCAUGACGGUGCUGCGGCGCGAGGACAAGGACGAGAUCGAGUGGUGGUGGGCCCGCUGCGGAGACCGAGAGGGCUACAUUCCAAGGAACCUGCUAGGGCUGUAUCUGAGGAUCAAGCCACGGCAGAGGAGCUUGGCUUAAAUUAUACGUUCCACCCUACUCGCUGAAAACUACUCCGACUUGAAGUUCAACAAGAAGUUACUUUUGAAAGGCGAAUGAAGAACCUAAAAGUCCAGUGCUACAUUUCACACUUCUGGUCUUUUGGAUGUCAAAGUCAAGCAUUCCAUUUCAAGCUUUUGGACCUGUCUGUGAAAGACCAUAUCACGCUAAAGGGUUUUCAACCUAUGUAUGGAUAAUAUUCACAUGGCCAUGCUGUUUCCUUUUCACUGGAGGAAUGUAUACACCGUGCAACAUUUGUAAUGGAGACUUCUGAACAGUGUUUUUUUGUAGACGUGUGAUUUUCUGAGCAGAAUCCAUUUGUAAGGGUUUGUAACUGUGGCAGUUGGAAAUGUGAAGCUUUUUCUACGUCAUGGCAAGAGGCACGCUUAUAUCCACACAAUAUACAGUAUAUAAAAACAUUGGUUGUGUAUUUGACAAUCCUGCUGUGGGUAUACAGUGCCUUCAGAAAGUAUUCAUACCACUUGACUUAUUCCAUAUUUUGUGUUACAACCUGAAUU